AUGAUUUACGACGUUGCCAUCAUUGGAGCUGGACCCUGCGGACUAGCAACCGCCGCCAGGCUGCGUGAGUCAACGCCGUCAGCUCUCUUCACCGAUGACGAGCACGAGAGGUACUGGCGGAGAUUCCGACGUACAGAGACAAUUGAGACCGAGAAGAAACGCCGGCGAAAAGCAAGCAGCGCAUCUACUUCGGCAGACCCUGAGCUGCCAUCAAGGUCGAUGAUUGUGCUCGAUGCACAUUCAAAUCAGUGGAUGUCUGCAUGGAAAGAAAGGUUCAGGCACCUGCAGAUAGAGCACCUUCGAAGUCCUCUGUUUUUCCACCCAGAUCCCCGAGAUCGAGAUGGACUUUUAGGGUACUCCUAUUUCCAUGAUCGUGCCGAUGAGCUGCACGAAAUUCAUAAUGUCGUUGGAAAAGAGCUCAGUAAGCACCGAACAAAGCAGAAGCGCGAUAAAAAGGUUGCUCGACACCUCCGUAUCGAUGAUAGAGACCGUGUCGACUACUUCACACCGUCAACCCGGCUAUUCGACGACUUUUGCCAGGAUAUCAUUGAUCGUUACCAGCUCCACGAGACAAUAGUGCAGGCACAGGUUCAACACAUUGAAUAUGGAGACCUUGGAAGUGUGACUGACCCCAGGCUGUUUGCAUUGACGACAGACCAGGGUACCAUCUUCUCAAAAACGGUUGUUUUGGCUGUCGGACCUGGCGCCAAACCAAAGAUUCCACCUGAUUGCCGUAUUCGACUUGACAUGCACCAGGGUAGUGUGUGCCACUGUUUUGAAGCAAUCGGAUCCUCGUGUAUACCCGACCAUGUAUCGCGCAAGAUAAGUCGGAGACAACCUACGUCGGUGGUUGUAGUUGGAGGAGGGCUGACCAGCGCACAAAUUACCGAUUUACUUCUCUUGAGAGGGGUUACGAAGGUGUUCCUGGUGUUGCGAGGAAAGUACAAGUUGAAGCAUUUCGACGUGGACCUCGAGUGGGUAUCAAAGGUCCGCAACCAACAAAUGUCAGUGUUUUGGUCUGCAGAUAGUGAUGAAGAGCGAUUCGAUAUGUUGAAGAUGGCUCGAAAUGGAGGAAGCAUCACGCCUUCUUACGAUAAGAUUCUGAAGACGCACAUUGCAAAUGGUCGACUGCGCAUUCUUCCAUAUACGUGUAUCGAAGAUGGCACCUGGUGUGGCACAAGCCAGGCCUGGACUCUUGGGCUGUCAUCGAUGUCGGACUCUGAAAACGUACUGUCAGGAAUCGACCAUGUCAUAUAUGCUACCGGGUCAGCCCCGAACAUUAGCAAUGUUUCCUGCAUGCAACGGAUGUUGACAGAAUACCCCGUUGAAUCCAUCCAUGGGCUGGCAAGAAUUACUGACGACUUAAUGUGGCAAGAUGACGUUCCAUUGUUUCUCACGGGCGGUCUUGCCGGUUUGCGACUUGGGCCAGGAGCUGCAAAUUUGGCAGGUGCAAGGCAAGGUGCUGAGAGGAUUGCUUGGAAGAUUGAUGAGAUAUUGGGAAGACCCGAGGUAGACGCGAAUGGUUCGAAGUCUGGGAGUGCUUCAACUGGAGGUGGUAUGAUUUCACUCGGCCCGAGCAAAGCCUCCAGGAGCAAAGACAGGAGCGAAUUCACAGGGUCUUCCAACAACCAAUUCGAAGCUCUCAGCAUAUAUGAAAAGUGA